GACGUCAGCAAGAAUCCCCUAUAACUGUUGUACUAAACAGUUUCUUCGACCUGAAAGUAAACGUUUAAAUGUAUCUCAAACCCUAUUUUUUGGCGGCAAAAAUUAAACUACCGAAAAAUUGAUGCUGUGAGCCUGUGACGAGAGUGAUGGACUCUGUAUUUUGGCUCAAGGCAAAAACAACGACCAUCUAAGAAUGGCAGCCAAAAUUGACUUAGCCUGCGAACAGGCUUCCGGCGAGGUCGGAAAAAAAAAUUCGGCGAGUGCCAAACCGAAGAAUUCGGAGAGCUAAGCGAUCGGGGCGGUUCGGGCUCACCGGGAGCCUGUUCGUAGGCCAAAAGUGACUGGGCUUUUCGGCCCUCUGAUUGGCUGUCUGAAGAUAACAUGUUUAGAGGGGCAAUUUACGAACAAACUUCCCAGCCAGAGUCUUCAUUGGACUCAUUGAUGAAUACCUCAUUGUUCGAGCGGCACGCUGACCUUGAGAUUAUACACAUACAGUAUAUAUUUUGUUCUAAUCCCUUAUUACAAGCCAGCAGAUCAGGCAAAUUGUGGCCCGAUCAAUCGUAGCCUACAGAACAGGCGGAUUAGCGGGCUCCAGCACGAUACACAAGCGCGCGCGCGAAGCGCGAGAACGAACGCAAAGCGCGAGAUGAGAAAAUUUUUUCUCCCCUCGCGCUUCGUGCACGGGCUCGUGUAUCGCGCUAGAACCAGCUAAUCCGCCUGUACUGCAGGCUAGAUCGAUCGUGCAUGGAGAAGGAUACGAAGAGAAUCUGAAGAAUUUUAAGCAGGAACCCCGCAGAGCCGGCUGCCAAACUGGAUUUAGGUAAAAGGAUAUUUCUAAUGAGUGAUAGUCGACAAUAAACCUGUGGAGAUUGUAUAUCUUAUAUAAGGAUUUGUUUAUUUUUGACUGAUUGUGGUUGAUUCAAAUUUCUUGUGAUUGGUUUUUAACUGUCUUUCCACCUAAUAAUCUUCUACUAACAUUGUCGAGAUCAUUACCGGAGAAUUUUGCACCCUUUUAACACGCCAAGUUCGAAAAUUAAUGAGCAUCGGUGCCAAACACGGAAGUUUUUGCCUAUUCCGCGCCUCAUUUCUUUUUUAAGUCGAAAGUCGUGAAAUGCUGAGUGAUUGAUUAAAUCACACCUACUAACGCCGUUACACGAUAACACUGCCGAAAGAAUUUGCUCGAGGGUGAUAUGACGGAUUUUGUUGAAGAUCUUGUCAAGGCCUUCCAAAGUUCAAACAAGCGAACGUGGACUGACAGGGGUGAACAAACUAUUUCAAGGUCGAUCAACAUUUAGGGUUUUUGCGAUCGGUAAACCCUCUCUAUAAUAUUUCAUGUUCCAUUGAAAUACGACGUGAAAUGUUGAAUUUCAACUGAGCCUACGCUUUCACGGGUCGUGGAACGCCUUCAAGACACCGGAAGACAUUCCAUUGAAUCGAACCUCUUCGUUCAACAAAGAAAGGCUUGCUUUUGAUCUUUCUUCAAAACCAGGAUUAAUAUCUAUACGUUGCUUUAGAGGAACAUUGGAAACUAUCUUUCGAUAAUCUACAGUGGAAAGAUUUCCGACAAAGGAGUCAUUGAAUAAUGUCUGUCAAGCGAAAGGGAGAUCUGUCAAUUUUCAACAGAGAUCCUCCUUCGUGCUUCUCCAAUCGUGUGGCUAGAGUACGCCGUUCGAACAGCUUAGAAGACAGGCUUCUUCAGGACAGGCUACGAUCAAUUCACUUGGAACACACCAUUAGAAACCGUCAUAUACACAAGGAAGAAAGGACGCUUGUAAAGCAGUUAAACGGAAUCCACACAGUGCGAGAAACGCCGCCAAUAGGACUACAAAGACGAAGGCUACUACAGACUAAUACGGGCAAUCCAAGUUUACUCCAAAAGGCCAGCAACACUGAUCAUUUUGUCCAGAAACGGGCUCAUUCUGCCCAACCACCAUCAGUACAUAGCCAUUCACCCUCCCAUGUAACGCAAUCCACUGCUCUAACGCAAUACCCAGGCCCAGACUGCCGAUGUUCCUACACAGGAUACAGACUGCGUCGGUCACCCACCAUAUCAACAAGCCUAGAUUGCAAGCUUCCUAGAUCAGCAACGUUUCCUUUAUUUCUCUCGGCUAACGAAUUCAGAGAAAGUUUUGGCUCUAAUACAACACAUGAGACGGACACCUGUAAAAACAGUCAUGGAAUUCCAAACGCGUACGUACAAGAUGAGACACAGAUCGGGUUAGGUUCAUGUCGACUGCCGACUAUUGACAACAAUAAAUCAUGAAAUCUGAUUCUAUUGUUCUUCAAUCAGUUCAUCAUGAAAGUUUUUCAAGUUUUUAAUUCUUCAACGUUUUUAUCAAAUAGGUGAACAAAUACCAACUAAACGACCUUUCAGCAAGGUUACAACUAUGAAAAUAUUCAACACAAAAGCGCUGGAGGAACAUUGCACGGAAAUAAGCUGUCGAGAUUUCGUGAUAACAUCAUCUUCAUCUGAAGUGAAACCGGAUAAUCAGAAAUGAUAAAUACUAUGUGUGUCUUUGUGUAUAUAUAACUGUUGCCAUGCAACAAAAAGAUGAAUACUGUACAGCAUAUUGUAUUGUAAAAAAAAUAAGGAAAGAAUGUUUCACUUCUCCCGUAGAGAAGUCAAAUAAAGUUGGAAAGCAAUAUACAAGAUUAAAACAGUUCUCUCCACUGUGUGCCAGUUGAAAGCAGUGCACAACGAGCCUUAGCCUUCAAAUAAAGCGCCAAAUAUUUCCAGCAGUUUAUGCUGGAAAUACCAUCAAUUCUCUAUUUUCCAAUUGCUCACAAUUCACCCUGUUUGCCCCCCCAAACUUUGCAUAAACUAUUGUUGUGAAAUACUCUUGGGAGGUCUGCAUAUUCCCAA